CCCUGUUUUGUCUCCUAAUUUUAAAAUGUGAAAUGACCUGAAUACCCUCAUAGGGUAUACGUACAUAAACAGAUGAAUCCAAUGUUUCGAAUAUCCUGGCACUCCUACAACUCGAAGCUCAUACUCGCGCGAAAUUUGAGGUUCUUGGUUGUUCGAAUAAGAAUAAAGGAUUGAUUUUUAUCCGUUAACCGCAUUGCACUUUGUAUAUCUUACUUGUUACUGCAAUGGGUCGGAAGAAAUCUAAGCCAAAUCGUUCUGUUGGAAUUUUGGAAGGAGAAGUUCCUAAGGGGAAAUUAAACGGUAAAACAGAUGCUGGAACUGCGGAAAAAGAUGAGUCUUUUGUAGUUGAUGUGCCAUUUUUUGUUGAAAUUGAUAGGUCUAAUUGGUUAUCGGACCAACAUAUGGAUAUUUCUGAAAUUGUUUUAUCAGACUUGAAUGUUAGUGAUGAGUUCGGUAAUUAUGUAUUGGAUGAGGAUUUUUUCAGGGAUUCAAGGUAUUUAUUGAGGUUUAGGGUCAGUAAUGUUAAUGAGCAUCUUACUAGGAUAAAGUUGGGUCAUUGGCCUGUAUUAUCUGCUACUAGUAUAUGUCUUGAAAUUGUAGCAAAGCAGGAGAAAGAGGGUUUGGAGGAAACGGUUGUGUUGAUAGAGGGAAAUUUUGAUGGACCUGAUGAGGGUAUAUCAGGGUUAGUCCAUCUGGCUAGUUUGAAGUUCUUCACAUUGAGGCCUGUUAUUGUUCCGAGUUAUUUAGCAUCUAUACGGAUGAAGGUCGAGAUUUUGAAAAGUGCCUUUGAUGGGUGUGAGUCACUUCUGGAUACAUCCAGACAGCUGUGGAAAAAGAGCAUGAUGAAUGUGAUGGCUUGGCUACGUCCAGAGGUUGUCACAGCAGAGGCUAGAUAUGGAUACCAGGUGGCAGCACAUGCGGAUAUUGGUCUAGCUUCGGGGCUGGAUGAAAGUUCGUCUUCUGCAAGGAAACUUUCUAGGUUUGAUGUAGCUAGUUUCUAUGAAGCUAUUAAGCCAUCAAAGGAGGAGCCGAUGCUUGAUGAUGACCUCCCUGGUUUGCUUCCUAAGCUUAGACCUUACCAGCGCCGUGCUGCUUAUUGGAUGGUGCAGAGGGAGAAAAGAAAUUCCGAUGGCUCCUUGCAAAGCAAAAUAAAUCACUUUAUUUCUCCUCUGUGUAUGCCACUGAGUUUAAUUGACACCCCUAUAACAAUAUAUUACAAUCCAUUUUGGUAUGUUUCUCUCUCUAUGAUCUACAGAAAAUGUUAUCAUUGCAUUCACUGUACUUCUACCAUCCGUUGAAGUUUUUCAUCCAUGGUUCAUCCAGUAUGCCCCUUAUGAUAAAAUGGACACUUCCGACUGUUGGCACUAACUGAAUUUGAUUUUGCUAUCGUGCAUUUUAUGAAUUCAAAAGGUGGAUGAUCAACUUCUCGUCAUCUUUUGUUCUUUGGAUUGGGAUGUGACUUGCUAUGUACAUCCCUAAUUCCAGGACAAGUAUCCAUGUUCCCCUUCUUUUUUCUUGCAAAGAUGAAUGGUAAAAUUCGUCUUCCUGAUGGCUUAGGUCACUAUUGAUGGGUGCUUCUUCCUCUUCCUUAAGUACACAAUUCUAUUGUUCUUAACUCAAAAUACAAGGGGUCGAAAAAUUGCAAUAGAACCUUUUCAGAUUGAACUGAUAUCUCUCUUACACAUCUCUU